UGUAUCGCUUCUGCGACUAGUCAUGGAGAAGGAGAGAGUAGCAGUAAUGGUUGUACAGUGUCUGAUACCAGCUACCUAGUAUCUGCUAUCAAUUCAACUGAAGGAUACAACCUCACUAGAGCAAUCAUUAACUGUCUAGAGUAUUCAGAUAACAGGAGUACACUCUCUUUUGGAUCAAUAUCUUAUGAAACUAUGGCUGGUACUAAUGGACGAUACACUGUACAGUGCAACAGUGGAUUAUUAUUAUUAUCUAUCAGUGAUUUUUGGUUCAGCGAAGAGAGUUCUUCAUGUUAUGAAUGUGUGGAUGCUGAAGAUUCUUGUGUAUCAGGAACAGAUUGUCCACAGUAUUGUAAUCAUUGUUUAUCUGCUUCAGAGUGUUUGCACUGUACUUAUGCAAGAUAUAAAGGACAGUGUCUUCCUAAUACUAGCUGUCCUAAUAAUGGAAUCCCUAAUCCUAUGAAUGGGAAUGAGUGUGAAUGUACCCAAGAAUUCAGUGGUGAUAACUGUAGUGUUUGUGCAUUAACUGAAUGUGAGAUUGGAUACACUUUGAAUAAUCUUACCAACAGCUGCCAAUGUGUGGAAUCAUGUCCAUCAGGUAGCACAGGAUCAUGUCAAUCAGGUUGCAAAUUCCUUGUUGAUCCAAAUUCAACAGUACCACAGAGUGUCAUUGGAUCACUAGAUGAUGUAGGAGAAGGUGGAGGUCAUCAUAAGAGAGCAAGAGGAGGAGGAAAAGACUCACAUGGUACCAGUGAUACUGAUACUGAUAGAGCAUUCUGUGUACAGAGAUGUUUAAAUGAUUGGGAACCUGAUAGUAGUGGUGUCUGUUAUGCCUGUGGGAUAAGUUAUUGCCUUGAAUGUAAUGCAAAUAAUGACUGCACAAAAUGUCGAAGUGGUACACUACUCAAAACUGCAAGGCCUCAAAAUCAUUGUGUUG